AUGAAAGCUUUCCUUGUGAUUUGCGCCCUGGCUCUGGCGGCAGUCGCCACCCAGGCCCGAACGAUGGAUAGGUGUUCCCUGGCCAGGGCGAUGUCCAAGCUGGGCGUUCCCCGGGACCAGCUGGCCAAGUGGACCUGCAUCGCCCAGCACGAGAGUUCCUUCCGCACCGGCGUCGUUGGGCCGGCCAACUCCAAUGGAUCCAACGACUACGGCAUCUUCCAGAUCAACAACAAGUACUGGUGCAAGCCGGCCGACGGUCGCUUCUCCUACAACGAGUGCGGAUUGAGUUGCAACGCCCUCCUGACCGACGACAUCACCAACUCCGUGAGGUGCGCCCAGAAGAUCCAGCGCCAGCAGGGAUGGACGGCUUGGUCCACCUGGAAGUACUGCAGCGGAUCCCUGCCCUCGAUCAACAGUUGUUUCUAGUCCCCCCCCCCCCCCACACUCAUAGUAAAUGAAAGUUGUUCCCAAGGGAAGAUGAGAAGAAGAGUUGCUUGAAAUACAAAAAUGUAUCUUCGAGAUAUUUUUGCCAAAGUA